GGUGGAAGCCAUUAUAUGGUGAUGAACCGUUUGUCACAAGUUCUUCAAGACCAUGGCCAUAAUGUGACCAGUUUGCUUAAUGAAAUGGUUUUUACCCCAGAAUUUAAAGAGGAGAAAACAUCAUACCAGGUUAUAAACUGGCACCUACCUGAAGAUCAGCAAAAGGAAAUUGAUAAAAGAAUACAACUCACUGCAGAAGAAUUCUUAGCUUAUGACAGAUUCAAACAUCACACCAUUGUAAAGCUUUAUGAAACCUUUGCGGACUUAUGCAGUCACUUACUAAGCAGAAAGGACAUCAUGGACUCUUUAAGGAAUGAGAAUUUUGACUUAGUACUUCUUAAUUCAUUAGAUCUUUGUUCUUUACUGCUUGCUGAGAAGCUUGGGAAACAAUUUGUGGUCUUCCAUCCCAUGCAAUCUACCUCUAUGGACUUUAGGCUACCAAGAGACUUGUCUUAUGUUCCAAUAUACGGUUCCAGGUUAACUGACCAAAUGGACUUCUGGGCCAGAGUGAAGAACUUCCUGAUGUUCUUUGAUUUAUCCAUGAAGCAAAGAGAAAUAUUUUCUCAUUAUGACUGCACUAUCCAGGAGCAUUUUGGAGAAGGCUCUCGGCCAGUUUUAUCUGACCUUCUACUGAAAGCAGAGCUGUGGUUUGUUAACUCUGACUUGGCCUUUGAAUUUGCUCAUUCCCUGCUUCCAAACACAGUCUAUGUGGGAGGCUUAAUGGACAAACCUAUUAGAUCAAUACCUCAAGACUUAGAGGAUUUUAUCAUUAAGUUUGAAGACUCAGGUUUUGUCCUUGUGGCACUGGGCUCCGUAGCAACCCUGUUACAGACAAAGGAACUUAUUAAGGAGAUGAACAGUGCCUUUGCUCACCUCCCGCAAGGGGUGCUGUGGACAUGUAAGAAUGCUCAUUGGCCCAAAGAUGUCAGAAUGGCUCCAAAUGUCAAAAUCAUGGAUUGGCUUCCCCAGACUGACCUUCUGGCUCAUCCUAGUAUUCGUCUUUUUGUCAACCAUGGGGGAAUGAAUAGCAUAAUGGAGGCCAUCCAGCAUGGAGUACCCAUGGUGGGGAUUCCCUUUUUUGGAGACCAGGCUGAAAACAUGGUCCGAAUAGAAGCAAAGAAAAUUGGUGUUUCUGUUCAGCUAGAGACACUCAAGGCAGAGACAUUUGCCCGUACACUGAAAGAAGUCAUGGAAGACAAGAGGUACAAGUCUGCAGCAAUGGCUGCCAGGGCCAUCAGGCGCUCCCACCCCCUGACACCUUCCCAGCGUCUGGUGGGCUGGAUUGACCACAUCCUACAAACAGGGGGAGGAGCACAUCUCAAGCCCCAUGGCUUUCAACAGCCAUGGCAUGUGCAGAACCUGCUGGAUGUCCUAGUGUUCCUGUUGGGGCUCACUCUGGGCACCUUGUGGCUGUUGAAGAAAAUGCUGGGCUUGUUGCUCAGGUCCCUGGGUGUGGCCAGGAAGGAAAAGCAGGCAUAA